AUGGCACGCUCGGAGCGCCCACUCCUAUCCGGCCGGCCCUCGUCUGAGAACGAACGCGACCUCGCCGAAGAAGACGCUCUUCUAACCGGCGAACGACAAGCACGCAUGGAGCCCUCCCCCUCGAGAUGGAAACGAUGGCGGGAGGUCGGCCUCCUCGUCUGGGCCGUCAUCGCUACUGCCGCCGUAAUCAUCGUCGCGGUAAUAUACCAGUACAAAACCACGAGGUACUCCUCCGGGCCCGCGCCUAAUGGGAAGAGGAAUCUCAUAUUCAUGGUAUCCGACGGCAUGGGUCCGACCAGCCUGAGCCUGACGCGCAGCUUCCGUCAGUACCGGGACGGCCUGGCCUACGGUGAGACGCUGGUUCUCGACGGCCACCUGAUCGGGCAGUCGCGGACGCGCUCGACAUCGUCGCUGGUUACGGACUCGGCGGCCGGCGCUACGGCAUUCGGCUGCGGGUUGAAGAGCUACAACGGGGCCAUCGCUGUGCUGCCGGACCACUCGCCGUGCGGGACGGUGCUGGAGGCUGCGAAGAAGGCCGGAUACAUGACUGGGCUGGUGGUGACGACGAGGAUCACGGACGCGACGCCUGCGUGCUUUGCGGCCCAUGUCAACAUGAGGAGUGAGGAGGACCGGAUCGCGGAGCAGCUGGUGGGAGACUAUCCGCUGGGGAGAGUCGUGGACCUGGUUCUGGGGGGGGGAAGAUGUCACUUUUUGCCGAACUCGACGGAGGGGAGCUGUCGCGCGGACGACAAGGACAUUCUGGACAUGGCGAAUGAGAAGGGGUUUACGUAUAUCAAUGACAAGGCGGGUUUCGAUGCGCUGAAGCUUGGAAGCGCAGUCAAGUUGCCCUUACUCGGCUUGCUUGCGGAUACGGAUAUCCCGUACGAAAUCGAUAGGAGGUUCGAGAGCGACAAAUAUCCGUCGCUGCAAGAGAUGGCAGAGACGGCGAUGAACGCCCUAAGCGCAGCGACUAAAGACAGCGACAAGGGAUUCUUCCUCAUGAUCGAGGGAAGCCGUAUCGACCACGCUGGCCACGCGAACGAUCCCGCUGCUCAAGUUCACGAAGUACUGGCGUACGACAAGGCGUUUGCCAGCGUCCUCGAUUUCCUGGCAAAAGACACAGUACAAGGCGUGAUGGUUAGCACGAGCGACCACGAGACGGGUGGCCUGGCAACGGCUCGGCAACUCCACGCCACCUAUCCAGACUAUCUCUGGUAUCCCGGCGUCCUAGCGAACGCAUCCCACUCCGCCGAGCGUCUCGCUUUCGAAUACUUUCAGCACCAACUCAGCGCACCCGCCACCGACGACCUAGAAGCGUACCUCAAAGACCUCGUCUCGGAAGGCCUCGGCAUCCACGACUACAGCGACGAAGAGAUCCAAAGCCUCGUGGACACACCCGAACUCGCACCAUACGCUUUUGCUGACAUGGUAUCCAAGCGCUCACAGACUGGCUGGUCCACUCAUGGGCACUCGGCUGCUGAUGUCAAUAUCUUCGCUUCCAAUCCGAAAGACACUGCGCCGCUGGUGGGUAACCAUGAGAACACAGAGGUUGGCGUGUUUCUGAGAAACUACCUCGACGUGGAUGUCGAGGCUAUCACCAAGGAGUUGAAGGAGAAGGGCACCUCAUUUGAUACCACGGAUGCGGAAGGUAGGGCCGUAAGCUGGAUGGGGCCGGUAUCAGAGGAAGGCGAGAGGCUGGAUGGGCAGGAUCAUCUGGAUCAUUAUCAGGGCGAUUUCAGGAAACACAAGAGGUGCGAGAUCUGUGCCACGUAG